GACCAGCGAGCAUCACGCCGCGCAGCCCGCAGGGGCUGCGGUCCGUGGGGCUCACACCCGUGUGGCCGUGGCCGCCAGGCGCCGAGGGCUUGCGGCUGCGGGGUGGGUGGGGUCCCCGCGGUGCGGACCGCACGUUCGGGCUCGGAGAGGCUCUGCCCCCGUGGGUAACAGACGCGGAGCCGCCCCGAGCGUGAGCCCCGAACAAACCCAGCGGGCCUCCUGUGUGGAAGUCCAGGAAGGUGAACACAAAAGGUCUCAUGUGAAGACGAGAACGUAAAUAUUCCCCAAGUUUACCACCUCUUAAAUCGUCAAAGAUGAAAGUGACCUUAUCAGCUUUGGAUACUUACGAGACUUCCUUCACGCCUUUGGUGGUCAUAGAACUUGCUCAGGAUGUCAAAGAAGAAACCAAAGAAUGGCUGAAAAACAGAAUUAUUGCCAAAAAGAAAGACGGAGGUGCCCAGUUGCUGUUUAGACCCCUGUUAAACAAACACGAGAAGGAAACACUGGGAAGCGACAACUUGUACCUCGUGGGGGCCUCCAGGGUCCGGUUGCUGCUGGGGGCGGAGGCGCUGGGGCUGGUGAAGGAGAGUGUGGACGGCACCAUGCGCACCUUCACCUACAGCACCCGGGGCAGCUUCCGGGGCUUCCACGAUGACAAUGACGAUUUCCUCACCAUGACAGAAUGUCAGUUCAUUGUCAAACAUGAGCUGGAAAAUCUCAGAGCUAGAGAUGAGAAGAUGAUCCCUGGGUACCCCCAAGCGAAGCUGUAUCCAGGAAAGUCGCUGCUGAGAAGGCUGCUCACGUCUGGCAUCGUGGUGCAGGUGUUCCCGCUGCAUGACCGCGAGGCCCUGAAGAAGCUGGAGGAUAGCUGGUACACGCGCUUCUCCUUGCACUGUCAGCCCAUAGACCGUAUUCGUGGCUACUUCGGGGAGACGGUUGCUCUUUAUUUUGGGUUUUUGGAGUAUUUCACCUUUGCCUUAAUCCCCAUGGCCGUCAUCGGGCUGCCUUACUACCUGUUCGUGUGGGAGGACUAUGACAAGUACGUGGUCUUUGCCUCCUUCAACCUGCUCUGGUCCACCGUGAUCCUGGAGGUGUGGAAGCGCAGCUGUGCCGACAUGACCUACCGCUGGGGGACGCUGCUCAUGAAGAGACAGUUCGAGGAGCCCCGGCCCGGGUUCCACGGGGUGCUGGGAGUCAAUCCGGUCACGGGCAGGGAGGAGCCCCUCUACCCCAGCUACAAGAGACAGCUGCGCAUCUACCUGGUCUCCUUGCCGUUCGUGUGCCUCUGCCUCUGUCUCUCACUGCACAUCAUGAUGAUCUACUUUGACCUGGAGGACUGGGCCUUGCGUGUCCAUGAGGAGAGCAGCACCGAGUGGACCGGGGUCCUGUUGUACGUGCCCAGUGUCAUCUACGCCAUCGUGAUCGAGAUCAUGAACCGCCUCUAUCGCUAUGCUGCCGAGUUCCUGACGGCCUGGGAGAAUCACCGAUUGGAAUCUGCUUACCAGAACCACCUUGUUCUGAAAGUCUUGGUGUUCAACUUCCUCAACUGCUUCGCCUCGCUCUUCUACAUCGCCUUCGUCCUGAAGGACAUGAAGCUUUUGGGCCAGAGCUUGGCCACCCUCCUGAUCACCUCCCAGAUCAUUAACCAGAUUGCCGAGUCUCUUCUUCCUUACUGGCUGCAAAAGAAGCACAGUGUGAAGGUGAAGAGGAAGGUCCAGGCUUUAAAGGUGGACAUUGAUGCCACCUUCUAUGAGCAGGUCGUCCUGGAAAAAGAAAUGAGCACCUAUUUGGGUACCUUUGAUGAUUACUUGGAGCUCUUCCUGCAGUUUGGUUACGUAAGCCUCUUCUCCUGUGUUUACCCCUUAGCAGCUGCCUUUGCUGUGUUAAACAACUUCACCGAAGUCAAUUCAGAUGCCUUAAAAAUGUGCAGGGUCUUCAAACGUCCAUUCUCUGAACCUUCAGCCAGCAUCGGUGUGUGGCAGUUGGCUUUUGAAACAAUGAGUGUCAUAGCUGUGGUCACAAAUUGUGCUCUGAUUGGAAUGUCUCCGCAAGUGAACGCAGUCUUUCCAGACUCAAAAACAGAGCUCGUCUUGAUUGUGGUGGUGGUGGAGCACGUGCUCCUGGCUCUCAAGUUCAUCCUCGCCUUCGCCAUCCCCGAUAAACCACGCCACAUCCAGAUGAAGCUGGCCAGGCUGGAGUUUGAGUCUUUGGAGGCGCUGAAGCAGCAGGUCAAAGAUAAUUUGUCGGUGACCACCAGACUAGAUGCGUCCUGGAGCAGAAUGAUUCUGAUCAUACACAAGUUAGAUUUGCCGAAGGAGUGAAUCAUGAAUCAAAUGAACAUGGAUCUCAGGGAUGUGACUGGAUCAGGCUAAACGUACAGCGUCUGACAGGCUAAGUAAUAUGGAUUCUAAAGAAAUACCUAAGAACAGCACACUUGGUUAACUGCCUCUUUCUGCUAAGAACAGAAUGCAAAAAACAAGAAAUAUUUGGGUUUAAGAAAUCUUUGGUACCACUGAAUGGCAAAUAAUCAUUCCACACUAAUAAUGCUUCUGAGGACAUAAAGCAUAUGUCAUAGCCCAUACAGAAGUCCAAGUGAAAGUGCAGGUAUUAAAAUUCAGUACCAGAUAUUGAGUACUGUGGGCCCUCUGUACCCAUGGCUUCUGCAUCUGCAGAUUCAACCAAUGGCAGAUGGAAAAUAUUUGGGGGGAAACUGUGUCUGCAGAAGCACGUGUUCCGGGUCACGGUGUCCCGAGCAGUGCUGGAUGCCGACUAUUUGCAUCGUGCUGGCCUUGACAUCCUCAGUCACCCAGAGGUGAUCGAAGCACACGGGCGCGUGUACCGCUGCUUUACCCUGUGCCAGGGACUGGGGCACUGUCUUGGUCUUCCUGGGGGGCUCCUGGAGGCCCCCUCUGUGGAACUGAAGGGUGAUUUUCAUUCUGUGCUCAGAUGGAUUUCCUGGAUGUUUACACAUCCUCGGUGAUGCCAUUUACAGUCGAGUUACAGUGACAUGGACCAGGCCUCAUAAGAAAGCAGGAGAGAGGAAAAGUCAACUUCCAGGCCCGUCACAGUGCCAUCCGCCUAUGAAAUUCAGUUCACAACAUGUCAUCUUCUCUCCUCUUUCCCUUCAAAAACCUGUGUAGUUUCCUAUUCUCAAAAUAUGGCUCCGACUAAGUUUCUUGGGCUGUUGGAUUGGUUUUCUUGUUGCCAUCCUCAGGGGCAAUCUACAGGCGGUUGUUAUCUUCCAAGUAGCCCCAUUAUUGAAGCUGUGACUGCAGUGCUUCACCUUUACCCCAAACCAGAUGGAAAAAAAUUUCUUAUUCAUUAUUUGGAAAAUAAAUGGAUCUCAAGAUUCUCUCCAAUUCUCUUCAUUCAAGAUGCUUGAAAUACUGUUCGUAUGGGGAGAUUUUUGGAAUCCUCUGUUUAAAUUGUGCUGGAAAUACUGGCAGGUGUAUUUUUAAGUGGCAAGUCUGCUUUCAGUCACAGGCAUGAGGGAAGAUCAGCGGGCAGAUGUCGGGAAACACAGCUCCAAGCUCCUCUCUCUGCCUCAUGAGCGAUGGAUAUUGUUUUGAUGAAAGAAUAAAUUCAGGUUGCUUUUAUUUUUCUUCUUGGCCUAAUGGGCCUGCUUUUCUUUUAAUGUAUGCUGUGGAAAACCAUUUCUAAAGCAUCAGUGCAAGCCACUUAAACUUGCCCCAGGAUGGCUGUCCACAACCCAUUUCUGUGAGAACUGUGAGUGAUUCAACAAUUACAGUCAGAGACACUGGCCAAGGAGCUGACGUUUUCAUUCACAGUUUGUACUGAAGCCCUGGCCUUAAAUGAAGCCUCUCGGCUCACUGCAGGCAGAUUUCGAGUACACCUGGAGCAGGCCGGGGCCUCACAAGUGUGGAGGAGUCAGAUGCCCGAGCUGGUGCCCAUCCUUCACCGCCUUGGGUAUCCGGGGCCUGGGCCUGGGUCCAGGUUGGUGCUCUCGCCCGGGGCUCCCUUGGCCCCUUGUAGAGGGUGACUUCUCCCAGCCACCCCCUUUGAAGGCCACGGAUGGCUCAGAGCCUGGGCAGGAGUGCGGUGCAGCCGACCUAAUGGGGCCUGGGAGACAUGCAGACUACUUUCCUGGUAACAGCAAGCAAGGAGCCAAAAGAGCGUGUCCAGAUCCUGCAGUUACGCUGAUUGUACACCAGCCCCCUUUAAAUGUCACAGUGCCAGAUGGCAGGCGAGCAGCCGGGUUUCAGCUGAACUGGAACCAGCGGUGCAUACGUCUGUCCCUCCUCUCCUGGGGCUCCUUCUGUGGAUGAGGGCAGAGAAAAGCCAAGAGCGGGUCGGAGAGAAGCCGGAGAGAGGGGCACACAAGAGCCCGGGUGACAGGGUGUACUGCCGUGUCCGGACUGUGCACUGCCAGCACGGGCGCUGCUGUCGCUCUGCCAGGUCAUGACGUGGAGAGCCCACUCCUCGCCGUUCAGACAGGCAGGGCAUAGACAGUGGUCCGCCGUUUGUAUGGCUUCUUUCAUGGCUCAAAGGAGAAAGCGCUAACUGUGCCUGAGAAGUGACGCAGAAAGGCCCAGCCGGAGAGACUGCAGUCCCCCUGCAGAGCUCAAGUCCACGCUUGCCGGAACAGUGCCAGCUCUGUUGGUCUGGAGAGUGAGGGAGACAGUGCUCAGCAGCCCAGGCCAGGGCCUGGCACAUGGCCCAGAGCCCAGCUACCCCCUCGCAGCCCCGGCCUGCACGUGGGAAACGGCAUUGGCAGGUGUCUCUGCCCUGCCUGACUUCUCUUAACAGAGCUCCGGCGUCUGCUGCCCUCACUGGCCUGCUCCCUGGACACCUGACGCCUUCCUGCCUGCGCCUGCGCCUGCGCCUGCUCCUGCUCGGGCGGCUGCGCGGUGACGAGGCAGUGGCACUGCAGGAGGGCAGAGCGGGCUGACUUCCUUCCUGUCCAGCCUCAUGACUUGGUCUUUUCCAGGCCAGGUGUGAGGGUCUUAUUUCAGCCAUGGGAUGCCAGCUUCUGACAGUCAAGAUAUUCUAACGAAAAAUGAAAUUAAACAAGCUUUUCCUGUGGCCCUUUAUCUCUGUCCUAUCCACAGAUACAGGGAGCUCCAGUCAAACAGCUCAGCUACAGAGAGCGAGAAAAAGCCCGAGUUCUUGUGACUUAAUUACAUCUCCACACAGUGGCAGUCUUGGGAAGAAGUGGUUGGGGCACACAGCUAAUGCCACAAACUGAUUUUUCUGCAAAACAGUAACUCCUGAGCCCUAAAAUAGACUGCAGUGUCUCAUGGUCCUCUGUCAGACCCAGCACCAUCAGCGUGUUUGAGGUCAAAGGGUAAAGGGAAGAUGUCACCGAAGGGCUCCCCGCCACUUCAAGGGGCUUCGGUUCAUGUCCAUCCCUGUGUCAGGGAGCAGAGAAGAAGGGGAAUCCAGGGUGUUGGCUCAGAACAGCUCCGCCCUCCAUCUCCCCAGGGCCCAGAGGGCUGCCUCUCCCUUCGGCUGCUGUCACCCAGUACUGUGACUCUCAGAACCACUUGCCCUCAGCUGCAGGAUCGGCUUUUGAAUGGUCGAAGUAAAAGCUGACUCACCGUCCAUGCAGGGAGGUCCCUGCCAUCGGUGGUGCUCACGGUUCCAGAGUGCCAUGCGCUUCCUUUCCGUUCUUGGUGGAGCGUCCAGUGUCCAGUGAGGCCUGGAUUAGUGCGCUCGUCACCUUGUACUUUGCACAUCAGCUUUCCAUAACCAACUCCCCUCGCAUCACGGCCCUUAUGUACACUGGAAAAUCAGGACCUGCCUGCCUACGGCUGUAGCCACCAUUCACACAUGGCGUGACAGCACCAGCCACCUGUGGUCAUACGACUUUCUUCUCAGGGACAGCAAGGCAGGCACGAGCUGCUCCCUGCCUUGGUGCCCGAACCAAGGUCACAGGUUGCAGGGUCACCCCAGGAAAGCUAUGCCUCGGACCACCUGGAACCAUAUUCUCCACUUGGAAACUUUCAUCAAAAACAUCUUAUUCACAAACAGCACUGCUGGGCUCAAUAUAUUUUCUUAUGCGAUUCAAUGCUGAAACUGGCAAGGGUGUCCUGUUCUGGUUAAUGCCUGAGGCUAGGUAAGUUGGAAUGGACUUGGUAGUGUUACCUUCUUGCUAGGUAUAUAGAUUGCACCUGGUCAGAAAAGAACAUCAGAACAGUGUGCUGUGCAGCUGGCCUGGAAGGCUUUUUUUUUAGCAAAUGUAAAUGCACAGGACUCACUAGAGUGCAUUCCAUAAAAGGUUCCCUCACACAGAGUUCACCAAAUCCAAAUAGUAUUGCCCUGCAGGAUCAGAGACGGGGUCAGCAGGAGAUUUUCAUCUUCUACAGCAAAAUUUUUUAACGAUAGUAGUGGGACAUCGUUAGGAUCAGGUAAAGGAAAAAAGCUUUGAGUAGAAAUACAGUGAACAACAGAUCUCAGGCAGCGUCCUUAUUCCCUUUGUUUUACCUUACUGUCAUCCUCUGUUAAAUCUGGUAGAUUCUGGGAAGCAGGAAAAAGUUAACCUCACAGAGUGGCUGCAUUUUAUUGUCACUUCACAAAGCCGUACGAAACAUAGUGUCCCAUCUCACACGGAUCCCACCUCUCACUCAACAUAAAGGAAGGACCCAAGUCACCCUCUGCCUCCUUCAGGUUUUUAAAAAUUAACAGGUAAAAUCCAUCCCAGUUCCUUGAAGUAAUUAAGUAACACGAACUGCAUUUUGUAGCUAGAGAAACAAGAUCCUGAGAGAUAGAACCAGUUGGCUACAGAGAGGGGAAGAGAGUGCUUCCCUUCCUCCUACCUGCCACAGACUCCCCGCCUCCCCUCCUAAACCCCAUGCCUGGUCUGAGUGGUGCCGGAGUGUGGUGACUUCCGCCUUGGCUGCUGCUGUCCGGAGCUCUGUGAGAGUGACUUCCGGGCUGCCGCUGUGGCCAGCGAUCAGUCGGCAUCUAGAGUCAUCUGCCAGGAGCGCGGGAGCGGUCACUGGCUGGUGGCUCAUCCCAUGUGGCUCCUUCAGAUAGCGUUGUCCCCUGUAACCUUUGUGUGUUAACCUGGACACUGACUGCGGUCACACGUGGGCCGGAUGGAAGGAGCUAACUUGGAAGCUGCUUUUGGUGAAAUUUCGUGGACUAUGAACCAGCAGCUGUGCCUCGGACUGCACCUUCAGGGCCUCAGAGGAGUCUUGGAACUUGAAAUCUCAGAUGCAUUUUCAAAGCCAGAGUCUGCACUGCUGGUUAGUUUGCAUCCCUAUGUUCAUUUGGUACUUGAAAAAGCACAGAAACUGUGCUAGACCACAGUACUACCACUGCAGCCUUAAGAUUAAUUCAUUGUUGUAAUAAAUCUGCUUUAAGAAGAACUGAGAUUCUUCUUUUACAUCAUUCGAGAACUCUCUGUGACCAAGAACUGAUUAUGGGAAUGGACCUUAUUUUAGGUUUCCUUUAGGGUUCGGAGUUCUAGUGCCUGCGCGUGUGAUUUAUAUGGCAUCCAGACUUUGCCAGUGUGUGUGUGUGUGUGUGUGUGUGUGUGUGUGUGUGUGAAAUGUGGGUUUAGCCAUACAUUUGUUAUAGGCUCCACCCUCGAUCCUCUUUUGUUUGGUUGGUAGUCUUGCUGUGCAGCCCAGGCUGACCUUGAACUUGCAGUCUUCCCGCCUCAGCCUCCUGGGUGCUGGGGUUGUAACUGUGCGCCCCCGCGCCCAGCGUCUUCGUCCUGUCUCUCCCGGACUCUGCCUCCUCUUUCCGGCCUGCUCCCUCUUGCAGUCAGCCUGCUGUCCCAGAUAGAUGGUGUCGCAGGUCCGCAGCCCUCGCAUCACCCACCUGACUGCCCUGUGCGGCCCACUGGCCCCGUGGAGCUGCACCUGUCCCCAGAUGUCCUCUUCCCUCCCUUGUUCCCGUUUGCCCAUCUUCCUGGAAACUCGUGCUGCCCUUUGAGGGCUCCUGCUGACUUGCAGCCCCGAGGCAGCUCCGUGGGGCCCUCCGGAGCGGAGCAGGCUCUGCUGUGCUCUCGUCCCAACUGCAUGGUGUGUGCUGAGCCUGGCGACCCGCGCUUGCUCCGAGGAAGGUGGCACAGGUGCUGCUGCCCCAGCGAUGUUGGAGUCUGGCUCGAGCCUUGGGAAGGCCUUGUGUGCCUGCUGGGGAGCGUGCGGUGAGGGAGGGACACUGCAGGGAGGAGCCGCGGGUCAGCUCCCCGUACCAUCUCCAUGGGCCCCGGGGCUCCUGCAGCCGAGGCUGGCCCCCCGCCCAGUCCUUGGCCUUGGUUCAGGGUGGACGAGGCCACCCGAAAGUCCCUGCACUGCUGCGUCCUCACCGAGGCUCCUUGCACUGCAGAGGAUGACGGGGCAGCGGGUGGGAAACGCUGCGUCCCCUCAGACAAAGGAGUUGGGCGUGGGACAGGAACUCCGUGCCUGCGUCAUCUUUGGCCAGAGCCGAGAACUAAUUUUCACCCCACAGAAGGGCAGCGUAGCUCCCUGGAGUCCUGUGCUCCAGGGAGACUCCCAGCCCCUCUUGCACCGCCCCUGUCCCCUGCUGGGCCGAUUCCUCCCUCCGUAGCUGUGGGACCUUCCCCCCCGGUGCUGAUGGCUUUGGGGCAGCAGUGUGCCUCUCGCCUCAGACUAGACUCAAAGACCGAGGGCGGCUCCUCUCGCCGCUGGGAUGCCCGCGUUGGCCCAGGACACUCGGCAGCAGACUGCCCUCCAUGCGUGUCCUCGGUCAGCACUGCCCCAGCACUGCCCCGUGGGCUCCUGUCUCCGGGGCAGCUGUGUGGGUUCAGACGCAGCAGCUGCUCAGGGCCCGCAGUCCCCAGGCACCCGAAGGUGAGGCAAGGGCUCUGCUGGCCCUCGGGCUCCUCCUGCUGCCCCUGAGCCUGUUUCUAGGGUUCCCAGGGUGUCCAGCUCAGCUGUUUCUCCUCCUAUUGCACAAUGCACUUUCGAGAAUGGCUAAAAUGUUGAUCUCACUUUAGCUGCUGUGCUACUUGAAGUAAUAAGAGAAAAAGUGUUUUUCUCCCCAACCCCGAGGAGGUAGAUAAUUCCUUCAGUGGUACAGGGUGCAUUUGCUGGCAAUUACACAAUGCUGACUACAUCCUGGAGGCUGAAGCUGCAGCUCUUGGAAGAGUCUGCAGGAGUCUUCACCAGCUUGCCAGGCACAACAGUCCGGACCCCCUGGGUCCCCACACAGGC